UAAGUAUUGGAGAAUAUAUUAGAAAGAAAAGAUUGUGCAUCAACAUGUCAAAUUUAUAUUGAAUGUAUGCAGUGCAAAACUUGUUUCGGGACUUGCUCUGAUUUUUUUUUUUCUAAUUGAACUGAAGUCGUAAAAUAAAAAAUGAGUACAAAUUUAGAUUAAAAAAAAUUAAACGGCGAAAACAGAGACAGAUUUGGAUGUAUAAAAAUGAAGCAAGUUUUCAUAAAUAAAUUCCAUAGGUAAAUUCAUACAGAAAAUUUCUCAAUGUAUCUGCACGUAAUAUUUUAUCUUUUACUAACCCGGCUAUAUUUAUUAAAAAUUAAUAAAUAACUUAUAGUCUUAUACCCAUUAUUUUUGAGAUAACAGCAUUUAAAUAAAUAGAAGUAUGAAAAAUCGUUACAGAGCAAUUAUGGUUGUUAGUUGAUACCUUAUCCUCUUCACUUCAGCUUCAAGAUCAGUUCAGUUCAGCACACACAAAAAUGCUUCUCUCUUUACACCUGCCUUCACCAUCCCCUUCUUCUUACCACACUCCUUCCAGAACCUUCCACAACAAACCCCACUACAUCAAGUUCCGUACAUCUUACCGCCAAAAUCUCCGUUACCUCCAACACCUAACCGUUAUCCCGCCCGACUCCCUCCCUGACUCCGACACUCUCCACCGCAUAUUCGCCACCGUUAACCUCCUCAAAUCCCACUCCCUCUCCGACUCCGACAUCCCCCGCAUCGCCGCUGCUGCCCCCUCCCUCUUCUCCCCCUCCUCCGCCGCCUUCUCCCCCGAUAACAUAUCCGCCGUGUUCCACUUCCUCGCCACCGACGUCGCCGCCUCCUCCGCCGAGUCCCGCGGCCUCGUCCUGCGGUGCCCUCACCUACUCCUCUCCCCGCACCCCGACCUCUGCCUCCGCCCAACGCUCUACUUCCUCCGCGACGAGAUCGGGCUCUCCGGUCUGAACCGGCCGACGAACAGGAACGCGCAUCUGCUGAACACGCGCGUGGAGGAUCUGCGCGUGAGGGUGGAGUUUUUGACGGAGGAGGUUGGGUUUGAGUAUGAGGAGGCGGUUAGGGCGUUGGUACGGGUACCGGCUAUAUUCGGUUACGGUUUGGAAAGUAAUUUGAGGCCGAAAUUUGAGUAUUUGGUUGGUGAGAUGGGUAGGGAUGUUGAAGAACUGAAAAAGUUUCCACACUACUUUGGGUUUAGCUUGCAUAACAAAAUUGUGCCAAGGCAUUUACAUUUGAAGCAAAUGGGUGUUGUUGGUGUUCCUUUGAAUAAGAUGCUUAUGUGGCGUGAUGAAAGAUUCUAUGCAAAAUGGAAGUGAUAGUAGUAUAUUCAUCACUUAUAACUUGUUACUUUUGUUAAUAUUCAUGUAUAGAAUCAUGGUAUUUUUUGCCUUGGUUUU